AUGGCUUUCUUCGAAGUACCCGGCUGGACUGUACCGUCCGCACCGAUUUCAAAUGCGCCGACCAGCUUGUCGAGGAAGCGAAAACGACCCAACCCCGAUGCUGGUGUAGCACAGCCGGUCAAUUUGGACAAACUCAUGCGAAAGAUGCCCAAAACAACUGAAGCGGAGGCUGUCUCGGAAGUCCCGCGGGACCCAAAGCCCUCUAAAAAGGCUAGGUCAAAACGGAACCGCAAGCCGCAAAAAGAGGGGAAGCCAGACACGACUCCAGCAACGAGUACGGCUGCGGCACCAAAGAACGCGAAAAAGAGUGCACCUCGUGAAGUCACAACCGAAGCGCAAGCGGGUCUUUCUGCACCUAAGAAGAAGCAGAAACAACAACAGGAUGCAGCCGAGGAACCGAAGCCGUCCAAGAAGAAGUCGAAGGAGGGAGGCCAAUUGACGACCUUGCAGGAUCGCAUGAGGCAGAGCCUUGAUGGAGCGCGUUUUAGGAUGAUAAACGAGACAUUGUACAAGAGCCAUAGCUCAGAUGCCAGUCGUAUGAUGCACGAGGAUCCCCAGAUGUUUGAAGAGUAUCAUUCUGGCUUCCGUAGACAAGUCCAAUCUUGGCCGUCAAAUCCCGUCGAGGUUUACAUAGAAGAACUAUCAUCUCGCCCCGGACUUGUCAUAGCAGAUCUAGGAUGCGGUGAUGCCGUCCUUGCCCAAUCACUCAUUCCCAAAGGCCUGACCGUCCUAUCUUUCGACUUGGUCUCGCGAAAUCCCUACGUGAUCGAGGCCGACAUAUGUGCGAAACUACCCCUGCCAGGCUCUGAACCCUCCAUCGACGAUAGUGAGCCCGGUGCCGGCGAUGCUCAUGUCGUCGACAUGGUUGUUUGUGCAUUGAGUUUGAUGGGGACGAAUUGGCCGAACUGUAUACGCGAAGCUUGGAGGGUACUCAAACCUGAUGGCGAACUUAAAAUCGCUGAAGUCGCGAGUCGGUUCAAGGAUGUAAAGGAGUUCGUUGCUUUGAUCAAUUCAUAUGGGUUUCGAGUGAAGAAAGAAUUAAAGAACAAAUCCAAUUCGCAUUUCACCUUCUUCACCUUCGUAAAAAUCCUUCGGGCACCCAUAGUAGACGAAGAAUGGCAAGAAAUCUACGCGAAAUCGAAUCUCUUGAAGCCUUGCGAAUACAAAAGGCGUUGA